UUGAUUUCCUCCAGUUGACAAAAACUUAUCAAACCUUACGUGCACGAUGAAGAUCUUUCUAGUGUACUGUAUUGUUGCAUUCGGUGCCCUAGCAUUUGGCAAUCCCAUUGAUUCAAUAGCUGAUGAAAAUGUGAUUUUGGAUUCGGAGGUUGAAGAACAACCGGAAGGUGAUACGGUUCUAUUCGAAGAUGUUGAUGGCGACGAAGACCAGGAAUCGGACUUAUUCUUGAUCGACGACGUCUUCCAAUUCAGCCCCUAUGAAGAAUUGUUAGAAGAUGCAGGCAGUGAUGUUCAGGACGUGCUAGUGGAUGACUUUUUGGAUACCGAUACCGAACAAGAGGAUGAACUGGAACAGGACCCACAGUUACCACAUGAGUUGAACCAACGUCCUUUCGAAAAACCACUGAGGCUGUGUGCUUUACCACCUCUAUAUCUACGACAGAAGCCACAGAUGGUGCCUUCUUGGUGGUGUAAAUGCCCAAAGAGUGUCAUUUGUUAACAACAAAACAAAUUGUUGCACUGAUAGUAAUGAAGAAAAAUAGUAUCACAAUAUAAUUUAUAUUUGAACAAAUACAAUACAAUUAUAUUCGGCGCUUCUA